UGAGUCAUCAAAAUAGGAGGGACUGCUCGUAAUCUUAUUAAUAUUCAAUCAACUUUCUACGUUGACAACUUAUUUCAGCCGGUCCACGUUACGCUAGGCCAUUCCCGCCAUACGACCCCGUCGAGCGUCUCUGUUGAAAGACCUUGAAAGCUGUCGUCAGCCUUUAUACUGUAAAAGGGGAAGAAAAACCUGUUGGGCGAUUCAAGAAACGAAUUGCUCUCGGCGAAAUUAAAACCGAAAAUUACAACCGAAAUUAAAACGCUGACGUACUAAUUUCUUUCCUCGGUAUCAACGACUUGGUUAUUGAAUUUGGUCUUGUUUCAGUUUGAGCUUGAGCUGUACCGGCAGGUAAAAUUGCUGAAAGGGAAAACUGAUUGAAUUAUAGUCCAACAACCCGGCAAUGACUUGAGUUGGAGCUACCACAACUAUUGGCGGAGACGGAGGGAGCGAGUGAAACGAUUGAGCUCAAGCUGUACCGGCAGGUAAAAUUACUGAAAGGGAAAACUGAUUGAAUUACGAUCUCACAAACCAGCAAUAACUUGAGUUGGAGCUACUAAAACUGUUUGCGGAGACGGAGAGAGCGAGUGAAACGCACGAGUGAGGCGGGUAUCAGAAGGAUAAUUUCGUUUUCCAGAGGACAAUUCAUAAAAGACGGCGCCACAAGAAAAUUUUUCAAUUCAGCGAAGGACGGCAUUGUGGAUCUUGAAUGAUGUGUAGCUAACUCUGUCGGCUUCGUCCAUGGCGUUUAUUCCACUCUUAUCUUGUUUUCUUCAACUUCUGGUCCUUCCUAGCGUCAAAGCAGGUACCGAAGACCAAGGACCCAGAGAUAUUUUUGUCUCGCUUUCCGGAAGAGACACAGAAAACUGCGGCCCUGUCGAUGAACCUUGUCAGUCAAUAUCGCAAGCACUGGAUCUCAUAGCCCCUGGCGGAUGUAUACAUCUGAAUGGGACUGGAACCAUUCAAACACCCUUUAACUGUACCAAUCGGAUGGCACGUGAUCAUUAUCAGGGUCUUUAUAUCAAGAAGAGUGUAACAAUGAAAGGUUUUCAGUCGACUCCAUAUGUGUCAUGCGUGGGAGGAAUUCACUUUGAAGGUGACCCAACGGAAAAUCGUUCGAAAUUUCAAAUGAUGGUGACUUUAUCGGGAAUUGUAUUCAAGGGAACUCCUAUCGAGUUUCAAGACUGUAGUAAUAUUCAUCUUAUGAACUGUUCACAUCAAGAAUCUAAAACCGCAGUGAGUGUUCGCGCGCUAAAGGCACCAAGCGUCAGUUUUGAUAUCCAGGGUCCUUCAUUAUUUAGAAACAAUUAUCACUGCGUGGAAAUCUUGUUGCACGGUACCAGCCAUCUCAUUGCGAGUAUCAGUCAAACAAAAUUUAUAUCAAAUGGCAUUGAUGGACAACAUUCAGCAAAGGGCUUAAUUUCUAUAAUGGAGCGUGCAACAAAAAGUACAAAGCAGUCAGGACCUGUUCAAAUUUCAUGCUACAAAAUCAGCUGCGUUGGAAACUGGGUCCCCUUUGUGGUUUUAGAACUUAAAGCAGCGGUGACCAAGGAGACAUACAGCCACAUUGAACUGGUGGACAACAACUUGCAAACGCCAUUCAGUUCGAAGAGUAGACGCUUUAAGGAUAGCAUGUAUAUAUCUCGAACAAGGAAAGUCGACGUAACAUUCACACACAUGCAUUGUGCUAACAACAAGAAUGAUCAAGCUCUAAGAUGUAUAAAGAUUUAUACAGAUGAGGCCAAAGUUUCCAUCGAUCAUUCCGCUUUUGUCGGGCAAAAUGCUAGCAAGGGCAAUGGUGGUGCUAUCUUCCUUGAGUCAACAAAACAUGCAUCUUUAGUUGUGACAAAUACCGUAUUUGAAAGAAACGAAGCGAACGCCGGUGGAGCUGUCUACCUCAACAUUGUUCACAAUGCGACACUUCAAAACAUGAGGCUAAGUUUUACCAAUGUUAACUUUACAGAGUGUGUUGCUACCACGGACGGCUCUGCUAUUCUGGUUGGAAAAACGCACAAGCCACAAUCGAAGCCAUUAAAAUACGCUCUCUAUGCAUCACUUAAAAAAGUUAAUGCGAUAAACUGCGUCAGUCAUAAAUUGAAAUAUCGAUUUGGCAGCUUUUGCCUCACACUCCAUAGCGGACUGGUCAUUUUCGACGAGUUCAAUUGGACCAACACACGACCAAAUGCAGAGAGUGCAGUCUACAUCGGAACAACGGGAGGUAACACGAACGUAACGAUUGUUCGAUCUUCAUUUAUCGGUGGCAAAUCAAAUCAAAGUGCAUUCGUUGGGGUCCAGAUAUUUGGAAGACAGAGAGGAAUUGUCACGGUCAAAGAUACCUCCAUGACUAACAACAGCGAAGGCGCUCUAGAUAUCACUCCUAAAUGCAGGAUCAGGCUUGAAAACGUGACGGUAGCCUCCUGUAUGUACGGAUUGCAGUUGUCCAAAAGAUGGUUGAGCCAGGAGACAGGUCGAUUCCUUGUCAGCAUUCUCAUAACCAGUUGCUCAUUCAAGCGCAACGUUUAUGACUUAUCAUUAAAUGUUAGCAAUCCGCGAUCAAUUUGGUUAAAAGUUAAUGACUCGAUCUUUACAGGUCGGCCAAAUCGCCGAGCCAGAAAAGGCUACGCGAUCGGCCUCUUUGUUCCGCCUAUCAAGAAGAACAUGAGUUGCAGCGCCGAUAUUGAACUAGACAGAGUAACUUUCCACUCUCGACCAUCCAGUAUCUUUGUGCUAUAUUUUAAAGGAAAGAAAACGACAACCAUACGUCGAACAGUUUUUCGAUACUGCACCGCUCUCAGUAGACAACACUUGAACUUUGGCGAACACACGUACAUCUAUGAGACAUCAACGGGAGCUGUCUCGAUCCUCUCAAUUCCUGAUGAACCCUGGAAACUAGGUUGCGUGCAACGGGACGAUAUUAACAACACCCACCCUCUGUGGAGAUACGAAAGUCACGUGACCAUUGAAGACACGUUAUUCCAAGAGAAUGCUGGAUUUUUCGCAGGCGCCGUGUACAUCAGCAAUGGAAACACCACAUUCAAAAACUGUUCUUUUCAAAAUAAUCUGGCAAUUUGGAAAAGAGGGCAGGUGUAUUCUGCCUAUGGAACAGGCAGAGUGGAAUUCAAUGAUUGUACUUUCUCGAGUAGACAGAACGAUAAAGUCAUCGACGGCAAAAACGUACAUAAUGCUGCUUUCUUUUAUUCCGAAAGUGAAGGACCUAUUGUCUUUCGAAACACUACAAUGAUCUCGACCAUCCCGGAAAGGAAGUCUCACUAUGUGCUUGAAAUCUUUAGCGGAGGCUACGUGGACAUGGACUACAACACGACAGUACAGUGCAGCAAGGGAAGUAUGCUGAUACUUGAAAAUGCGUCUCACUUCGCUUAUACAGAGAAGAGGAGAAGCUUCUGCAGGGUGAACGUUACAGCUUUUAGGUACGCCUGCAAACUGUGUUCCUCCGGCUACUACAGUCUUGAAACUGGAAAGGCAAACGGUUUUACUGUGAAUACUUCGUUUGAGUGUCACCCUUGUCCGUUAGGAGCAACUUGCAUGCGAAAUGACAUUAACAUCGCAGCCAAACCAAACUUCUGGGGAUACGAAAUGAGAAAUUCCCAUCCUUCACCAUCAUUGAAGUUUAUUCCAUGUCCUAACAACUACUGCCAAUCUCCUAGUAGAAAAUCCAUAGACUAUAACAGUUGUCGUGGAAACAGGACUGGGUAUCUCUGUGGCAAAUGUGCUCCGGGAUAUACCGAGUCGCUAUUUAGCACGAGCUGUCGUAAAAUGAAUCAAUGCAGUGACUAUCUUUUGUGGUUGGUGGUCAUUCUGUUCACCGCUGGAAUGGCAGCAUAUCUGGUGAAGAAGCCGCCACUCUUGCGAUACCUAAGUUUUCGGCAGAUCUUCUGGUUUUUGAAGAACAGAGAGCACAACGAGCUCGAGCCUAGGGAGGAAAGAGGUCAAGUGGACGAUGAAGAAACAGACAAUGGCUACUUAAAAAUUGUUUUCUAUUACUACCAAGUUGCUGACUUGUUCGUGGAUGAAUCACUCGCGGAAAAGCUACGCGAACUCCGAAUCCCAUUCGUGAACAUUGUCGUAUCUGCGUACAACUUUCAGGUUAACUCUAUUUACAAAGGUAUUGGCUGUCCUUUUGUGGGAUUGACUGCAGUGACGAAACAGCUCUUUCUUUCGUUAGAUGUUUUUAUCACAAUGGGGAAUGUUGUCUUCAUUUACUGCGUCCAUUUCGUGGUCAACAUGGUGCGAAAAAAGAAUGCUCCAUCAGUACAUCAUUACAUGGCAGUUAUCUUGGAGAUUUUGUUGCUAGGCUACGACAGGCUCGCCGAAACCUCGCUGAACUUAAUGCAUUGUGUUCCUGUAAGAUCUGAGCAACGGUUGUUCAUCGACGGAAACACCGUUUGCUGGCGACCAUGGCAAUAUGUUCUCCUUGGCUACGGCGUCGUCUUCGUGGUGCCCUUCAUCGCCGUUCUUUACUACGGCUCUAAAAAGCUUCAUAAAUCGUCCAUUUCUGCAACAAUGUUUUUGACCGCCUGUGUCGUGCCUUUGCCAUUCCUUGUUUACUGGUUAUUCGUGCACGUUUGUAAGAAGAGAGGAGAGAAUUCUGCAACGAGGCCAAACGAUGGAGCAGAGGAAGUGAAAAAAGUUUUGCAAGGGCCAUUUCGUCGUCCUAAUGAUCAAGAUGGAGAUAGAGGGACACUCUACUGGGAGAGCGUUUUAAUUGGUCGACGCCUCAUCCUCCUUUCGGUACACUCUUUUAUUCCAAACGCCAUGUUACGUGCUCUAUUAUUGGCUGUAAGUUGCGAGCUUAUGGCGAUACAUCAUUUUGUGAAAAAACCUUUCCAACAUAUCACAGCCAACAGAGUGGAAUCCGUGUCCUUGGUUGUCUUAUCCAUCAUGGCGAUCAUAAAUCUCACAAAGGCCACCCUUUUGUCCUCCGGGAUCGCUGCUGUGGGAGAAAACAAGCUCUAUAUCGAGUACAUGCAAUGGUUUCAAAUUGUUUCGUUGGCUUUUGUCCCAGCUCUUUUGAUUCUACUUGCUGUCUUCGCAAUUCUGUCGCUGAUUGUACGUAUGGCUGUUACACUCGUCAAAAAAGUCGCCCAAUUCAUUCCCUCUGGCCCUAAUAAAGUUCUUGUAAGAGGACCACUUCUGGGCGACUGGAGAGGUAACAUUCAAGAAGAUUAUCAUAGCCUUGAUGAGGGAGACGAUCAUUGACGUAAUUUAUUAGGUAAUGAGUUCUUUAUUCAAAUAUUCGCACUCGGCAACUUGAGUCAUUCGACAACUAAUUUGUUUCGACAACAAACGGAAUCGGCAGCAAUUAACUUUAGGUAAGGUUUUUCUGCACAUUUGAUGUAAUAAUAACUGACAGAUCGUUUGACAGGCAAGAACGUCACUUUUAGGGCCCUCGUGGUUGUCCAUGAGUGAUCGCAGGUUAAGAGGAAGAAAUGGUUAUCCAAAAAAUGAUUCCACUCCCUCACUUCCUGUCGAUGAAGCCAAAUUGUAGAAUGCGAAUAUUUUCGACAACCAUCUCUGUAAUGUGAAGCUACUAAUAGUCGGCGAGCUCAAAUGCUCCAAAGAAAAGAAAGUCCGGCUCACGAGAAACAUGUUUUUGAAAAACAGACUAGGUAAACUGUAAAAGUAAGAUUGAGGAAGUGACCUUAUUUAAAAAUACUCUUUGGAACAUUUUCUCACGGUGAACACUUCUUGUCGAUUAAUUUAUGCGUUUGGGCAGGACAUAAUUUUUUAGGCAAACUAAUCUUAAAUGCCUCCUGAAAUAAAACUUUACAGCACUUUUGCAAGUUUUCGAACCCGUGAUAAAAAAACUGUAGGUAAUGGUGAAAUUUAAAGACAAUAUAUGCUUAUUAAAGUUUUAAAAGUUUAAGCAACUUGUUGCCCACCGUUCUAAAUUCUUAAUUAUUUCGGGAUGCGUACUAAAUCACAACAAAAAUGAUACUCAAUUUGUGUAUAUUUGACUGAAUACCCCACACGAACAUCUAAAUGGCUCAAUGCUACUUAGCUCCGGUUGAUAGGGAUCUUUUAAAAGGAAUAAGGACGGGAAUGCCGAGGAAGAAGUUGAUUAAAAAAUGAAUUUACAUUUUUGGUUAGAAUCUUGCGAAAGGCUGGAUGUGUUUGCCGUCCCGUGCGGCGUCAUUCCUGAACAUCAGUAUAACAUGUGUGAGCCCAUAAGAUCUUAAGCUUUGUCACGUCCUCGAUCUGUCGCCAUUGUGGUUUGCUUAAGGUCUACAGUGUUUUCUUUUUUGGAUCUGUCUGUGAGUGUGUAUAUGGGUAGGAAAAUCAAUAAAGUGGGACCGAAACUAAA